UAGCGCUCUGGAGCUCUGUUUGAACCGUCUCAGUGAAAAAAACGAUUAUGAUACAAAUAUGAUCCAUACACCAUCCCUUGACCCGGAUCGCUGAUUUCAGUGUCUGAUCAUCCAAUGCGCUCGCUGUGGAUUCUUCACAGACACCGACAGGAGACAGCGGCAUCCUCACCGCCUUCCCCACUUUCCUGAGGAGGUGAAGCGGUUACAAUAACAGCGCUAUGAAACGAAUAAGUGGAAAGGCGAAGGAUGAAACGUUGAUCGAGCUGCAGAGCGCCAGGGAUUCACAGGUUGCAGAUGGUCCUGCUGUGUUGACUGCAUUCAGGAUUAACCUGCAUCCAGAUGAAAGCAGCGGAAAUGGAUCUUUAUCCCAAAGGACAUCACUGCCUGGACAUAGAGAAACAGACAAGCUUCAACCAAACAAAGACACCGUGUUCUUCAGGGACGGAGUACGAAGAAUAGACUUUGUGCUGUCUUAUGUGGAUGAGAAAGACGGAGAAAAGAAACAGGAGAGGAGGAGGGCGUUUGAGGCCAACCUGGAGAAAGCAGGACUGGAGCUGGAGACGGAGGACAAAUCAGACUCCAAAGACCAAAAGACUUAUUUCCUCAAGAUCCACGCUCCAUGGGAUGUUCUGGCCACCCACGCCGAUGUCUUGAAGGUUAAAGUUCCCUUCAAGGAGAGUGAUAUUCCUCAUGGUCAGGAUGUCCCUCUGGAGUGGCUCUCGCGACCUUUUCGACUGCCGGAGCACAUCAUGAACCCAGAACCCGACUAUUUCACCUACCACUUCGACAAGACCAAGACUGACUUCUUCCUCAUCAGGGAUAAAGAUACUUUCUUCCCACCAUCCACAAGAAACAGAAUUGUGUUCUACAUCCUGGGUCGUUGUUCAUACUACAAAGAGGGGCAGAAAGAUAAAGACAAGACGGGAAUCAAGCGAUUACUCAGCAAUGGGACCUACACGGCCGCCUUCCCACUUCAUGAUUGUCGGUACUGGAAAAGGGCCAGAAAUGCGGAGUGUGAGAGUGAGCGCUACAACUUGUACAAGCACUGGGCGAGGUUUCUCUGCUUUUACAAAGAACAGCCUCUGAACCUCAUCAAGAAGUACUAUGGGGAAAAGAUUGGGAUCUACUUUGCCUGGCUGGGAUUCUACACAGAGAUGCUCUUUUUUGCAGCUGUAAUGGGCUUUAUCUGUUUCACCUAUGGAGUGCUCAGUUAUGAUGACAACAUAACAAGCAAAGAAAUAUGUGACCCUAAAGUAGGGGGCAGUAUCGUGAUGUGUCCUCUUUGUGAUAAAAACUGCACUUUCUGGACACUCAACUCAACGUGUCACUCAUCCUGGCAAUCCCAUCUGUUUGACAAUGAGGGGACCGUAUUCUUUGCCAUAUUUAUGGGGAUUUGGGUAACUCUGUUUUUGGAGUUCUGGAAGCGGCGCCAGGCCCGACUGGAGUACGAGUGGGACUUGGUGGACUUUGAGGAGGAGCAGCAACAGCUUCAAAUUCGGCCUGAGUUUGAGAUCAGAUGCACUAACAGGAGACUCAAUAAGAUCACACAGGAAAUGGAGCCAUAUCUUCCCCUCCACAGCAGGUGUGCUCGCUACUGCCUCUCUGGAGCCACUGUGUUAUUCUGGAUCUCUCUGAUUUUGGCCUGUAUUACUGGGGUCAUAGCAUACAGGCUGGCUGUAUAUGCAUCCUUUGCAAGUAUAAUUGGCAACCAUGAAGGAGAGACCGGCAGCCAUGAAAACAAGACCCUGCUAGUGGGCGGGUUGAUCACUCCACAGCUGGCGACUUCUGUGACCGCUUCCUGCAUCAACUUUGUCAUCAUCAUGAUUCUCAACUUCUUUUAUGAGAAGGUGGCCAUCUGGAUCACUGAUAUGGAAAUACCAAAAACUCACCUGGAAUAUGAGAACAGGUUGAUCACGAAGAUGUUUCUGUUCCAGUUUGUCAACUACUACUCCUCCUGCUUCUAUGUGGCCUUCUUCAAAGGCAAAUUUGUGGGUUAUCCAGGAAACUACACGUACAUGUUUGGCAAAUGGAAGAAAUUUAGGAAUGAGGAGUGUGACCCCGGAGGCUGUCUGAUAGAGCUGACCACACAGCUGUUGAUCGUGAUGGCUGGGAAACAGUUAUGGGGGAACAUUCAGGAAGCCCUGUUGCCGUUGAUACGUAACUGGUGGAGCAGCAGAAAGGGACGGCACAACCCUGAGAACCAUUACAGUCGAUGGGAGCAGGACCAUGUUCUGCAGAACUUCAGCCAGCUGGGCCUGUUCUAUGAGUACCUAGAGAUGGUGAUCCAGUUUGGCUUCAUCACUCUCUUCGUGGCCUCUUUCCCCUUGGCCCCCCUCUUGGCCCUGUUCAACAACAUCCUGGAAAUCAGGGUGGACGCUUGGAAGUUCACCACCCAGUUCAGGAGACCAGUGGCUUCCAAGGCUCGAAACAUCGGAGCAUGGCAGGAGAUCUUAAAUGCAGUGGCUAUUUUGUCUGUUGUCACCAAUGCUUUCAUCAUGGCAUUCACCUCUGACAUGAUCCCCCGUAUGGUGUACCUGUACGCCUACAGUAACAGCACCAGCAUGAAGGGCUACAUCAACAGCAGCCUGUCAGAAUAUAGAAUACCGAUAAAACCACAAACCAUGACUGAGGACAGCUGGCUUCGUCACUUCAAUAAGACGUGCAGAUACCGUGACUACCGUCACCCUCCAGGACAUGAGAAUGAGUACAGUCACACCAUGCAGUUCUGGCAUAUCCUGGCAGCCAAAAUGGCCUUCAUUAUUAUCAUGGAACAUGUGGUCUUUGUGGUGAAGUUCUUCAUUGCAUGGAUGAUCCCAGACGUCCCGUCAGAUGUGAAGGCGCGCAUCAAGCGAGAACGCUACCUGAUCCAAGAGUACCUGCAUAACUAUGAGGUGGAAACGCUCAAACUGCAGCUGAGUGCCAGCUUCAUCACAGACCCGCAGUCGGAACUGUCCUUGACGCCAGACAGACACGAAAUGCUUUCCGAGUGCCUGUAGCACCCGUGCCACACCUCCAGCUAACCAAGCCAAGAGUGGAUGUGUCUGCGUAUUUUCCUCUCCCUGAGAACAACCGUAUGCAAGGGCUUCUGUCUUUGAAUUAAAAACGCUAUUUGUUUUAUUUUGGAUGGACAUUAAAGCCUUCCAUCAUGCACUCCUAUGUUAGGAUCUGUAUAUCAUUUAAAAUCCAGUGCAAUGUAACAUUUCAUUGUGCUUAAAAUCAGCUUCUUUUGCAGAUGAAGCAUUCCUGUGCCACAAAAAGUGUCUUUACAUUCUUUAUUUGUCAUAAAAACUUAAUCUCUCUGUGUGCUGAUACAGUUAAGGUUUUUGAUCUUGAACAUGUAACAUUAGGUGUAAUUCCUCUUUAGAGGGCUGAUUAUGAUGUCAAUACUUUCAUAUUCUGCAUGUUAGGAUGAAGGACUGAAUAUUUAGAGAAGAUGCAUCUCAAUUGUGAAUGUAAACACUCAUAUAUGGAAAUAUUUAAACACAAGUCAACCGACAGUUAUCCCUCAGACAGCUCCACUCUGUUUAUUUUUAAAACUUUUCUUUUUUUUCUUUUAAUUGGUAGCUGCAUAACAUUAUGUCCACUGAUCUGUAGCUGGGCUAUGAUACUACAAGCUUUGUUGUUUGAGUGUAUUAUAUGUUGGGAAAAGCUCUUUAAAACUGUGCAUUACAAAACCAAGUACCUCCAUUAUACUGCAGUGAUACUGUAACCAUCAGAAGUGUGGUGUUAUUCCACUCACGCUGACCUGAGUUAGGGACCGCAGGAGUAAUGCGAUGAGACAGCAGCUACAGGCUCACGUCUGAUCUUCUACAUGUAUUACCAAGUUGCUGCAGGACUAAUUAUAGGAUUACUGCAAAAAAGUAAUAAAAAAAAAACAGACUACAUGAAGAACAUGUCGGCAGGGUGCUCCACAGAUCUGCUGUUUUAAUGCAGUUUGUUUGGAUGACUUUAAGCUGGUAAUGUGUCUGCUUUACUUCUCCCUGUUUAUGCAACAAAUGGCCAGUGUUUUUUUGUUUUGUUUUUUCUGUUUUUGUAUUGUUGUGUAACCACAAGCUGAGAAAUAUACAGAAAGCAGACUUCUUGUAGCCUGGUUAGGAUAUGUAUGAGUGAAAUGAAAUCGUUUUAGUAACCAGCUCAUUAAACCAUAGCUGGUGUCUCUGUGUUGGUGUAAAUGUAAAGAAGUUAUUAUCUUUUUUAAUUAAUUGCAAUUAAUUUAUUGAUCCAUUUCUGCUGUGUGGCCUGAAGCAUUUCUGUUUAGAACUACUCUUUUUACAUUUUUACAGUUGCUCAUAAAUGUCCUUGCAGCACCUGGGCUCUUAUUUUAAAUUGUCCUCUUCACCUCAUAACUGGCCAACAAGCAAUGUUAAUUCAGCCAAUUCUUCCAGUGCUUUUUGUAAUAGAAAUCAUCACCUUGUCAAGGGACCAGACCAAUGAAAACAAAUAGCUCCUGCUUUUUAUUUGAUAUUAGACACAAACAACUGAUUGCUUUUUUUAGUAAAUUGAUCAUUUGUCAGAUACUGUUAUACUUUUAGAUGUUUCUAUGUUUAUACUUGAUCUACUUUGUGAUUUAAACUAAAAAAAUAUCCAAUCAGCUGUCAGCAGGAUAUAUUUGACAGUCAACAUCCAAGCCUGACUCACUCCAAUCUCAGGAUUUAAAAUCUCUCAUUGUCUGUUGAACAUGACUGUUUACAGAGGCGUCCUGCAAAGUGCAUGAUGUAUUUCCCAAUAAACUAAUGCCUUAAA